UGGCUUUUGUUUCGAGGGCUCAUUGCUGAGUCGGGGCUUUGUCCCCCAGGGGCCCUCUCUCCCCUCCCUGCCUAUAAGAGCUUGACCUUGACUGGUCCCAGUUCUGACAUGUUCUCUGGGCCCAUCUCGGAAGGGGGCAGCAUGACCCUGCAGUGCACCAAGUCGGCGGGACACUGGAAGAUGGUGGUGUGGGACGAGGAGGGCUUCCAGGGCCGGCGGCAUGAGUUCACGGCCGAAUGCCCCAGCGUGCUGGAGCUGGGUUUUGAGACCGUGAGAUCCUUGAAAGUCCUGAGUGGAGCGUGGGUGGGCUUUGAGCACGCCGGCUUCCAGGGGCAGCAGUACGUGCUGGAGCGCGGCGAGUACCCGGGCUGGGACGCCUGGAGCGGGAACACGGCCUACCCCGCCGAGAGGCUCACCUCCUUCCGGCCCGUGGCCUGCGCUAACCACCGCGACUCCAGGCUGACCAUCUUUGAGCAAGAGAACUUCCUGGGCAGGAAAGGAGAGCUGAGUGAUGACUAUCCCUCCCUCCAGGCCAUGGGCUGGGACGGCAAUGAAGUGGGCUCCUUCCAUGUCCACUCUGGGGCAUGGGUUUGCUCUCAGUUUCCCGGAUACCGAGGUUUCCAGUAUGUGCUGGAGAGUGAUCACCACUCGGGUGACUACAAGCAUUUCCGGGAGUGGGGCUCCCACGCCCAGACCUUCCAGGUGCAGAGCAUUCGCAGGAUCCAGCAGUGAGCUGCGCGGAGGAGCGCAUGCGCGCGUGUCUGUGAUGGCCUAGCUCUGGUCGCUGCCACCACCUCUGCUUCUGCCUCCCCUCGCAACCCCGCCAACCCGGCGCCCGUGUCCGCCAGUCCAUGCACAGCACAGAAAACUCAAAGUAAUAAA